UUGUCAAACUAUUAUGUGUCAUCAUCACAUUCUUUGUGACUCAAAUUCUUAAACGUCGUCAGUGUUUUUAAUUCUCGUUUUUACAUUCAAUUCCCAUAAUUUACGCCACCAAUGGAAUUAUGAUUAAACCAAAUAUAAUAUUUUAUUUAUUAUUACUAAUAAGUGUUGAAAUCUACGGAAAGCGUUUUAUUGUAAAACGCAAGACAACGAAAAGUGCUCCGGUAGAAGCGUGGACAGGUAAGUGGUUUCCUGGGCCACCACAUCCUAAGGAUGAUUGGAAGGGAAAAUGGUUUCCAUAUCCACCUUAUACAAACGGGCAAAUCCUUAAUGUGCACGAUAACAAACCACUUACAGCCACCGAAAUUUGUGAUGAUGGCAAGCAAUUUAUUGGAAUCGAUUUUGACCCAAGUGAUGUUAGACAAUCUUUUGAACACCUAUGUUUAGCGAAUCGCACAUUAUAUGCACCUAAUAUGAAGCGUGAAGCAUUGCGAAUGGAGUACUUUAUCCCACCAGCCUACGUACCGCCAGUGAAGUGCCUUAAUGAAACAAUUACCUAUGACUCGGCGUUGCCUACUUAUGGCGCCUACCGUCCAAUCAUCCCGAAAUAUGGUUCAUAUAUAUUUAUGCCUCCCCAAAGAUACCUUACAGCCUUAUCUCAAGGAGCCAUUGUAAUGCUUUACCAUCCAUGCGCUUACAGUGGUCAAGUGAAAUUGUUGCAAAACACGCUACGCGCCUGUAUGUAUCGUCACAUCAUAACACCUUCCCAAUCCCUAAGUCCGGAACGUCCAUUUGCUCUUCUUGCAUGGGGAAAAAGCUUGGAAAUGUCUGUGGUAGAUGAUCAUUUGGCUGUAGAUUUUAUGAAGCAGAACGCCAAGCAAGGGCCAAAUUUUUCUACAAAGCCGCCAAAUAAUACAAAAAUGUACGAAGCGGGCUUACUGCAGGAAGCUCAUCUAAUUACUGAUGAAAAUGAUGUCGAGAUCUGUGGAUAUAAAGAGGGAAUGUAAAGCCUUGAAUUAAUAGUGGUGCAAUAUUCCAUUUGUGGAAUUCCUUAAUUUAAUCGAAUAUGUUUAUUGAAAUUUACACGCCUUAUUGGGUUUCAAAAAUUUAUAAAAGUUUAUAGUUGAU